ACUAGUGUCUAUAGUAUAUGACUCUUUCAUUACGUUUACGGCUUGCAGGUCCGCUCGCACACUUUGUGUUUCCGAGUGGAUAUUAAUAUUUUAAAAGUUAUUGAACUUUUAAAUACGUAUUUUUUUCCUUUUAUUUUAAAACAACCCGCUAAACUAAAAAAUGGCUGCUGGAAAGAAACAGAAAAAGGCAUUGGAAAGCAUCAACACCAAAUUGGCUCUUGUCAUGAAGUCAGGAAAAUGUGUCCUUGGACUGAAACAAUCCCUGAAGACCCUUAGACAAGGAAAAUCAAAAUUAGUUAUAAUAGCUAAUAACACAUCUCCUCUAAGGGUGUCAGAAAUUGAAUACUAUGCAAUGUUGUCCAAGACUGAUGUUUUCCAAUAUUCCGGUAACAAUAUUGAAUUGGGCACUGCUUGUGGAAAAUACUUCAGGGUUGCCACCUUAUCGAUCACGGACCCAGGAGAUUCAGAUAUCAUUAAAACGAUACCAACUGAUGCAAAUCAGUAAUUUUGUAUUAGCGGUUUUAAAUAAAUAAAAAUUAUUUUUGACUACAAA